AUGCAACGGAUUAUCAAGGAUCUUUUGAAUCCUUACCAUUUGGAACGAUACGGCAAUUUGAUAGGAGGAAGAAUUCCUCAUAUAAGUACACCAAAGUCUCUAAGUAUUGGUGAACAUUUACUCUAUUUUAAUCCUGUGUCCAAGCAAUUGGGCACCGAUGGGUAUUAUGAUGACCAGUCACCUGGUAUGAUUUUAAAGGAUGCAAACCUGAAAUAUUCAAGACGAGUUUGGGCUCAAGGCACAAUUGAUGUUGCUGGACCAUUAGAGUUCAAUCGAGAAUAUAAAUGCCAAGAGAAAUUACAGUUCAUCAAAAAAGUUAGAGGAGACCAUUAUGUGUGCAUCGAACGUCUGAUUUCUGGAGAUGACAAGCAAAUGUUACUGCGAGAGACAAGAACGUUAGCCUAUACAAAUUCUUUAGCGAGAGAAAGUACUUCAAUAUCGAUAGAUUCCAGUGAAAGUAUAUCUAUUGGAUCGUUUACCUUCCAAAAAAUGGAUAUUGUCAUCUAUGGACAGUUGUCUCUAAAUCCACAUAGAAUUCAUUGGGAUCGCACCUAUUCCUGUGAGAAGGAGGGCUAUAAGAACAUCAUCGUUCAAGGUCCAUUUGCUCUGCAAGUGUUGCUAAGAUAUGCCCAGAACUACAUUCAAUCUCCCGUUUCGCAGGUCAGAUACAGAAAUUACAACUAUAUUUACCCAAAUACCAGGGUCGAGAUUCUCGUGCGUAGUUCGAGUAAGAACUACCAGGUGUGGAUGAGAGAUUCCGAGAACCGCGAUAUUGUUUUUUUGAAAGCAGAUAUGAUAUGCUAA